UAAGCCUCUUCUUCCUUUCUCCAAUUUUGCAAGGACGAACCCUGAAGAGUAGGUUCCGGAAGCUAACCACAGCUGGAGGAGCAGGGGCCGCAGCUGGAGGCAGGAGAGCCGGCGGGGCAGGCGGAGGCCAGCGUCUGCUCAGGGGAAGGGCUGGGUGUGCGCGCCCUCUGUGACCCACGCACAGCUGUGUCGGCCCAUGCUACGGCAGGCAAAGAGCUUUAACAUCUGGGACCUGGCAGGGGCAGCGGGGACCUGCGCGCAGUGGGCGCGGCCGAUGAGCCGGGCUGGAGGGUGAGCCUUCCGCCGGAGCUGGGAGAGAGCUGGCACCUCCAGAUAAGGCCCAGGGCGGCCAGGGGACCUCCGCGAUGCCAGGCGAAAAUAUCUUCCUGUUUGUGCCUAACCUCAUCGGUUAUGCCCGGAUUGUCUUCGCCAUCAUUUCUUUCUACUUCAUGCCCUGCUGCCCUCUCACGGCCUCCUCCUUCUACCUGCUCAGCGGACUUCUGGACGCUUUCGAUGGACACGCUGCUCGAGCCCUUAAUCAAGGAACCCGAUUUGGGGCCAUGCUGGACAUGCUGACAGACCGGUGCUCCACGAUGUGUCUGCUGGUCAACCUGGCCCUGCUGUACCCUCGCGCCACCCUUCUUUUCCAGCUCAGCAUGAGCUUGGAUGUUGCCAGCCACUGGCUGCACCUCCACAGUUCUGUGGUCCGAGGCAGUGAAAGUCACAAGAUGAUCGACCUGUCUGGAAAUCCAGUGCUUCGCAUCUACUACACCUCCAGACCCGCUCUGUUUACCCUGUGUGCUGGAAAUGAGCUCUUCUACUGCCUCCUCUACCUGUUCAAUUUCUCCGAGGGACCUUUAGUUGGCUCUGUAGGUCUUUUCCGAAUGGGCCUCUGGAUCACAGCCCCUAUUGCCUUGCUCAAGUCCCUCAUCAGCGUCAUCCACCUGAUCACAGCCGCCCGCAACAUGGCUGCCCUGGACGCAGCAGAUCGUGCCAAGAAGAAGUGAUCCUGGAACCUCCAGCCCCUGGCUACCCACCUGCCCUGGGAGUCUCACUGUGCCACGCGGCACCCCUGUCCCUCCUAGGAGGUCCCAGGCACAUGUCUUCCCAAUGUGUUGUCCAGCCUGCUGGGGAGGGGGACCAGCGUCUUUGGUGAUGUCAUGUUCUCCGUAAUCCUGGGGACCAGUCCCACCCCUGUGAUCUCCAGGGACCUGGACUUCAAAUCAGGAAGGAUGCUCAGGAGGCCCCACCCACACGGGCAGUGCUCCCGGGGCCCGAAGAGAGCUGUGUGAGGAUCGGGCAUAGUCACACCUGCUGGCUCAGCCCUGGGAUCUGGCUUGGCUGAGACCUUAGGGAUUUGAGUGAGGGAGGUGGGGCAGGGGCCAGGUUUCCCAAAAGGCAGGGGUUCAGACCUCUGCCCCUGGCUAGAUAGAGGAAGCCUGUGGGUUCCAUGGCCCAGAGAGAAGGUGCUGUCGAGAUCCCCAUUGCAAUCUCUGUCCUGGCUCCGAAAGCCUUGAUUAUAAAGACGGGAGCAUCGCUGUUCUGGACUUGGUUUCCUUUGAGAUAGUCUUGGACCGGGGCCUGGGUCGAGGGGAGCUUGGGGGAAAAUGAGGAUCCAUCUGGAUACUUUUGCCACAGUAGUUUACUGGCUGGCUCCUUCCUGUCAUUCCUCAGUGACCUCAGAGAGAUCCCCUCCCUGCCACCCAAGCGCGUUCCAUGUCCUCCGCCCACCUGCUUUAUUUUCUUUACGACACCGUCACUGGCUGUCUACCUUUACUUGUGUACCUGAUAUUUUCUACCCUCACUAAAAUGUAAACUCCACGAGGGCACAGA